GCAAGAAUGCAAAGAUCGAGGUGCAGCAUAGUGUGUUUAGGGAUGAGUUAGACCAAGGAUUAUUAGUUAAAGACAGAGCUUUGACCGCGACGGAGAAGGUCCACUCGAUGACUUCGUUAGGAGGGCCCACCACACUCAGAACAUUCAUCCCAGUUCUGACGCCCCGCGGCAACCCUCGUCUUGUCAGCCAGGUACUGCAGCACCAGAUUCCAAAUGCCAAUCUUACAACCUCGAACUUCAUUUCUAACAAUAACGCCCUCUCUCCUCUCAUUGAGAUCCUUGCUACCACCACUCCUUCGAUGCACGGCCGCGCUGUCUUCCAAUUCAUCCAAGAGCACGAAAUGGGAGCACUCAUGGACCACUACAGAACCACAUUUCUGUACCAUCUCUUCUUAACCCCUUCAUCCACCGACCUCGAUAUCCCAACCAUCGUCGCUGCAUUUUGGCUUGCUCUCGAGCCGGCGGAAAGGAGAGAUUGGGAGGAGUUGGCACGGGACAUUUGUGGG